AUGGGGCAUUCAUCUGUGUCUGAACAGAGUAAAAUAGGCCAAGCAGAGAAUGAUGCUAAUGCAGCUGAGCAUAUUCAGCAGGCAAACCAUGAGGACGAGCCUCUUUGCUCCUACAGCCACUUCACCUUUGAUUUGAAACCUUCAGCAGGGACGAUGGAGGAGCAGUACAUUUCCAAACUCCACCCAGUAGUGGAUUACGGAGCUGGGGUCUUUCUUCUCAUCAUAGCCAUCCUGACAAUCCUUGGGAAUUCAGCUGUCCUUGCCACAGCUGUGAAACGCUCUUCCUUCCUGAAGUCACCGGAGCUGCUCACAGUGAACCUGGCAGUGGCAGACAUUGGGAUGGCCAUCAGCAUGUACCCGCUGGCCAUCGCCUCUGCCUGGAACCACGCCUGGCUGGGAGGAGAUGCCUCCUGCAUUUACUACGCCCUUAUGGGUUUCCUGUUUGGAGUCUGCAGCAUGAUGACCCUGUGUGCCAUGGCUGUGAUCCGGUUCCUCGUCACCAACUCGUCCAAAUCCAACAGUAACAAAAUCACCAAGAACACUGUCUUCAUCUUGAUUGCUUUCAUCUGGCUCUACUCCUUGCUCUGGGCCAUCCUGCCCUUGGUAGGCUGGGGCUACUACGGCCCUGAGCCCUUUGGCAUCUCUUGUACAAUAGCCUGGAGCAAGUUCCACAACUCCUCCAAUGGCUUUUCGUUCAUCCUGACCAUGUUCCUCCUGUGCACAGUCCUGCCUGCGCUGACCAUCGUUGCCUGUUACUUGGGAAUUGCCUGGAAGGUGCAUAAGGCCUACCAAGAAAUCCAGAAUAUUGACAGGAUCCCUAAUGCAGCCAAACUGGAGAAGAAGCUGACACUGAUGGCCGUGCUCAUCUCUGUGGGGUUCCUGAGCUCCUGGACCCCGUAUGCAGCUGCCAGCUUCUGGUCUAUCUUCAACUCCAGCGCCUCCCUGCAGCCCGUCGUGACGCUGCUGCCCUGCCUGUUCGCCAAGUCCUCCACAGCCUACAACCCUUUCAUUUACUACAUCUUCAGCAAAACCUUCCGCUGUGAGAUUAAAAAGCUGCAGUGUUGCUGUGGCUGGCGAGUCCGUUACUUCAGCUCCGACAACUCCGUGGAGAAUCCCGUGUCCACGAUGUGGAGUGGGAGGGACAAUGUCCGCCUCUCCUCGGCGGCCAAGCUGGACAACCUGGGAGCUGCAGCUCGCUGA